AAGGAAAAGUAUGCUGGGAAUCCGGGAGGUGGCGAACCGAGCCGGGUGUUAAGGACAUGAGCCGCGCACGCUGGUCGCUUUCUGGUGUCCCCAGGCUGGCGCUGAGCUCUGGAGUGGCGUCCCCGGACCCCUCAACUGUUCCCUGAACCCCUCACCCGGGCCGCCCCGCGGGUGGAGCCGCCCUUGUGUCCCUUCUCUGCGCCGCCGAGACCCGCGCGGCUGCGGCGACACCAACACAGCGAGUGCAGUGCAGACCGGGGCUCAUCGUGCGGCCACCAUGACAGGAAGCAACAUGUCUGAUGCCUUGGCCAAUGCUGUCUGCCAGCGCUGCCAGGCCCGUUUUACCCCUGUGGAGCGCAUCGUCAACAGCAACGGGGAGCUCUACCAUGAGCACUGCUUUGUGUGUGCUCAGUGCUUCCGGCCAUUCCCAGAGGGGCUGUUCUAUGAGUUUGAGGGUCGAAAGUACUGUGAACAUGACUUCCAAAUGCUGUUUGCUCCAUGCUGCGGAUUCUGUGGCGAGUUUGUCAUUGGACGUGUGAUCAAGGCCAUGAACACCAACUGGCAUCCAGGCUGCUUCCGCUGUGAGCUGUGUGAUGUGGAGCUGGCUGACCUGGGCUUCGUGAAGAAUGCAGGCAGGCACCUCUGCCGGCCUUGCCACAACCAUGAGAAGGCCAAAGGCCUGGGCAAGUUCAUUUGCCAGCGGUGUCACCUGGCCAUUGAUGAGCAACCCCUCAUGUUCAAGAAUGAUGCCUACCACCCAGACCACUUCAACUGCUCCCACUGUGGGAAGGAGCUGACCUCUGAGGCCCGAGAGCUGAAGGGGGAACUCUACUGUCUGCCUUGCCAUGACAAGAUGGGUAUCCCCAUCUGUGGGGCCUGCCGCCGACCCAUAGAGGGCCGUGUGGUCAACGCACUGGGCAAGCAGUGGCACGUGGAGCACUUUGUCUGCGCCAAGUGUGAGAAGCCCUUCCUGGGGCACCGACACUACGAGAAGAAGGGUCUGGCUUACUGUGAGACCCACUACAACCAGCUCUUUGGCGAUGUCUGCUACAACUGCAGUCAUGUGAUUGAGGGCGAUGUGGUGUCAGCCCUCAACAAAGCCUGGUGUGUGAACUGCUUCUCCUGCUCCACUUGCAACAGCAAGCUCACCCUGAAGAACAAGUUUGUGGAGUUUGACAUGAAGCCAGUGUGUAAGAGAUGCUAUGAAAAGUUCCCCCUGGAGCUGAAGAAGAGGCUGAAGAAGCUGUCUGACCUGACCUCCCGCAAAGCCCAGUCCAAGUCUGUGGAUGUCAACUCAGCCUGAAGGCCCUUGGCCUCCUGUUACCCCCUGCCUGGCUCCCUGCAGGCCACCUCCCACUUUGCUCAGUCCCUGUCCCUUUCCUUACAGGUUCCCCACCUCUCCCUCCCCCUUUCCCUUCUCCCCUCUCUUUUCCACCCCUGCCCUCCUCCCUUUCCACCUCUUGCCCUUCCCCUUCCCCACCCUAGCAUGUCACCCUUUCUUUCCCAGUCUGCCCUGGCUACAUAGUAGUCUUGUGUGCUGAAGCCUGGCCCACAGCUCAUAGCCACUUCUUCCUAUGCCUACAACCUCCAGGAACAGGAACAAAUUGGGGCCAAGAUUACCUGCCACUUGUUUGGACCACAGAUCCCAGCCUGACACUUAUCUUUUCCACUCUUCUGGGGAAAUCUCAGCCUCAGAAUGAUCCUUGAACUAGGCAGCUGCCCCAACCCUAGGCCAGCACCAUGCUGAUGGAAGCCUCUUGGGGGGCACCCUUCAAUCACUGAACCAUAUCAGGUCCCUGUGCCCACACAUGGCCAGCAAAUCUAGCCACCCCUGCAAUGAACCAGAUGGAGGGCUGAGGUCCAUUGCCUCUACCACGGAGAGACCUUGCAGAAAACUUUCCCAGACUGUCCAUGAUGGAUCAGGGCCCACUUCCAGGGGGAUAUUCCCCAGGCCAGCUCAGACUUGGCAGUGGCCUUGUACUUGCACAAUGAAGGCUGAUUCAUAAAUUG